AGAGAUUUAAUGGUUCUCUUUCCUUGUUCAACAGAUAUCUGCAAAUCAGUAGACGUGGUCCUGGCAUCCAAUCAGUCCAAAGUCCCGAAUUCAUCAUCAGAUAUCUCAAAAAAUGAGCUCUUAUGUGCUAUAGACUCAAGACUGGCAGCAUUAAGAAGUGAGUUAGUUGCAGCUUUUAACCAGGCAGUUGGAGAAACCUGCUCCUAUGAAGAAAUCACUCAUCUAGCAAAAUUUUGUGAAAAUUUUGGAGCAAAUGAUUUAAAGAAUUUUUUGUGCAUGUUCCUAGAGCUGAGCCCAAAGAGCCAAGCUGCUAAUGCCCCAGAUGAUGAAAAGUCUUCAUUUAGUCAUGCUUCAGUGAAUGACAGCAUAAUUAAGACUGAUGGAAAUAAUCAAAUAUCAAAGCCAGUAUGUUCAGAAACACCAGUUAAAUAUGGUGUUUCACCAGCAAAAGUUGCCCAGGUUGAACGUCAGAGUGCAACAGAAAGUGAGGAAUCUUCUGACUCAAGUGAUGAGAAUCAAAAGUCUGCAGAAAGAAGUCGAGUCUUAUAAGAUCUGCAUCCCCUUGA